UCGGGACGCGUCCGCCUGCAGGACCCAGAAUCCUCUGCGCCGAGGCAAGAUGGAAGAACGCAGCAGCUGCGGGAGAACAAUGUUUUGGCUUUAGAUAUUGAAACGGACAGCUGAGGGUGAACUACACGAGCCAAAAUAGCAGGUCAUGGUCCUGCACCGGAUGACACUGAUUGCCAACCCAUAGUUUUCCUGCCCGCCGGCAUCCAUCAUGAACAUCAUUCAAGACAAACUAGGCAAUGAAUACCUGCGCUCCAACGGGAGCAUGGACUCCAAUUUCGGCUCUGGCAUGAUAAUGUUCAGCCACCUCCCUCCGGUGACAAGCUUCACCCGGCUGGCUGCCCACUCCGUCAUGCAGGACCUUCCGCCUCAAGAAAUGAUCUUGAAGAAGGAGCGUGACUCGCCCGACUGCAGCAUGGGUUACCAGGGUGGCCGCAUGGGGUGUGCGGGGCUGGGAGACUAUGUUCACGCCAUGGGUAUCAAGCAGGAGAAGCUGUCGGAGCACGAUUAUCGCCUGCCGGUUUACCCCGUAGGGCUGGGGAAGAGCACUGAGCUGCUGGAGGUGACAGUCAGCAACAACCAGAACCUGCUGGUGCAUGACCUCAACAUGGGCAAUCUGCCGAGUCAGUUAGGAAAGGAGCCCACUGGGAGAAAAGGUCGGAGGUCAAAUGGUGAUGGACAGGAGGGUAAACCAAGAAAGAAGAGAAGCGAGGCAAAGCAAUCAAUGAUGCUGGAUGCAGAUGGAAGCAGCCUGUCGCCGGGAACAAAGCCUCACAUCUGUGAGCACUGCGCCGCCUCCUUCAGAAGCUCCUAUCACCUACGCAGACACGUUCUCAUCCACACAGGUGAAAGACCCUUCAGAUGCAAUCAGUGCAACAUGAGUUUCAUUCAGAAAUACCUUCUCCAGCGACAUGAGAAAAUCCACAGUGGAGAGAAGCCAUUCAGCUGUGACCAGUGUAACAUGCGUUUCAUUCAGAAGUACCACAUGGAGAGGCACAAGAGGACUCACAGCGGAGAAAAGCCGUACAGAUGUGAGACCUGCCAACAGUAUUUUUCUAGGACAGACCGACUGCUUAAGCACAAGCGAACCUGUGGAGAAGCCAUAAAGAAGGGAAUGGAUCCUGGGUUGAUGGACCUGGGUUGUGUAGACUUGGGACAUGGCAGCUAUGGAAUCACUCAGGGAAAUGUUGGGAGAAAGAGGGGAAGGUCCAAAAAUUCUGGUGAGGGAGGGGAGCGCAAGAAGAAGAAGGGGGAUGGAGGAGGGUUGAGGGUACCGCAUAUUCAUGGUGAUGUACCUGACGGCUACAGCAUCCAUGAUUACUCGAUGGAGAAUCAAACGGUAUCUUCCUCUACUGAACCGGGACCCAGCAUGCAGCAGGGUCACCACGGCCGGGCCCCAAAGAUGGCCUUCAAGAAGGCUAACCGCAAGAGCCUGGAUAAAGCGGUUCUGGGACAGGCCAAAGCAGGCUCGCUGGAGCAGAGCGAGGGCAUGGAUGGUCUCGGCCUCAUGCACGGUAACGGGGCAAAAGUAGGCCCCGCCAGCAGCAACUAUGACGACGCCAUGCAGUUCCUCAAGAAACGACGCUACCUUAAUGCAGCUAACAAUGCAAACUCAUCAGGGCCGGUGGUGGCUGGAGGAACCAGCAGUGAAUAUGAUGUCGGCGUUGGUCACUUGUCUUCCCAGCAGUCAGUCAUUCAGGGUGUCGUUUCCAGCGUGAUGGACAGCGACGCGCCUCUAAAUCUCGACAAGUCCGGGAUCCCAGACGAGGUGCUGCAGAGCCUCCUCGACCACUACACCCAGAAACCGGACGGCUCGCACCACGACGUUCACUUUGACAUCAGCGACCAUCACGUGGAGCUGCACCCCGCCUCCGCAGACUGCUCUGACAUCGGCCACAACGCCGACACCUCCAGUCCGUCCGGAGACAAGAUCGGCAUGAUGCACGAAUACUCUCGCUUCCUGCUGCAGGCUUUGGAGCGCACCAGCCACAGUGCCAGCUUCCCCCUGGGCCUCGGGCCUCCCGCCUCAGGACCGUUCACCAGUUCCCACCCGGGAAAUCCCCUCUACGCUGACAAGAACAUUUACACUACGUCCCCGAUGGAGUGCGGGUUUGGCCAGUCGGUGGCCUCGCCUUCGCUGCCCUCCUCUGUGCCAAAGUCUCACUUUGCAAUGCUGACGGGAUCCUCGCCGCAGCACGGCUUCCACCUGAGCGGCCUUGAGGCCUCCACACACCAGCAGCUCACCCCUUCUCAGGAGCUCACCGACCAGAUGGAGAAGCAACACUCCUCCACUCCCCCUUCCUCCUACCAGAUCAGCCCAUCUGACCUGAGCACCCAGAAGGACCAGGCUCCGAUCAAGAACGGUACGGUGGUCUACCCGCUGGCCGCCUCGCAGGAUUUGGCCUCUCUGGACUCCUCCAAGCCUUCCUACCAGAUCGAAAACUUUGCCCAGGCCUUUGGCUCCCAAUUCAAGUCGGAUGGCCGUGGCCUGUCUUACGGCACCGACUCUAGCGGGGAGGUGGAUCACAGGAUACGGACGCCUGUGUCUGAAUUCUCAGGGUAUAGUAGUUUGUUAUCUGAUGUCAAUGAGCCAGUAAGUACAGGUUCCAAAACUACAACAAGCCAAAGCUACAGAUGAGAGCCUGAGAGGGAGAGAACACGUGUUAAAUUCUCAGUUUUAUUUUUUUGUGCUCCUAUUUUAUUAUUAUUAUUAUUAUUAUUAUUAUUGUUAUUAUUUUUAAGUGACAUCUUUGUAAUUAUUCAGAUUCUGGUUCUGUGCCCACUCCUCUCCCCACAAUAAGCCCACAGGGCUUCCUGCAAAUGCAAUUCUUUUUUUUUAAGUAUGUUAUUUUUAAGUUAAAUAUGUAUUUACUGUUUGUUCUCGUCAUAUUAGUGGCAUUAAGUCUGGUCAUAACUCAUGAACUGAAAGUACUUUUUUUAAAUACGUGUAGCGUAGUACAGGACAUAUUUCUUUUACAAUGAGGUGUUUGAGCAAUCAACGUUACAAUUGUAAAACAAUAAUGAGAAUAACCACGAUGGCAGGGAAUAGCCCAGUGUUGAAAUAGCAAAAAAAAAAAAAAAAGUUGUCUGUUACAAGGUUUAAAGUAUUACUCAGGAAAAAGUGUAAAAGGAGAAGCCUACGAGGUGCAGUGAGCGCUCUUUUCAGAAGUUCGUGUGUGACUUCAAAGAGGAUUUUUCUUAUGUUUUAUUACUUGUUGAAUGAGUGUGACAUAAACAGACUGCUGCCAGCUCACUUGAGCACUGAAAACACUUUCUACUUGGCUAUAUAGAGAUUAUGGUACUUCCGUGUCAAUGUGAAACUCAUGUUUUCUUCAAUAAGGGCCAUAUAUAUAUAU